AUGUUUAAACUACCAAAUCUGUUGGUGAUCAGUAAUGUCAGUCAGUCUAGUGGGUGUAUAUUGUUUAAACUACCAAGUCUGUUGGUGAUCAGUAAUGUCUGUCAGUCUAGUGGGUGUAUAUUGUUUAAACUACCAAGCCUGUUGGUGAUCAGUAAUGUCAGUCAGUCUAGUGGGUGUAUAUUGUUUAAACUACCAAGUCUGUUGAUGAUCAGUAAUGUCUGUCAGUCUACUGGGUGUAUAUUAUUUAAACUACCAAGUCUGUUGAUGAUCAGUAAUGUCAGUCAGUCUACUGGGUGUAUAAUGUUUAAACUACCAAGUCUGUUGGUGAUCAGUAAUAUCAGUCAGUCUACUGGGUGUAUAUUGUUUAAACUACCAAGUCUGUUGGUGAUCAGUAAUGUCAGUCAGUCUACUGGGUGUAUAAUGUUUAAACUACCAAGUCUGUUGGUGAUCAGUAAUAUCAGUCAGUCUACUGGGUGUAUAUUGUUUAAACUACCAAGUCUGUUGGUGAUCAGUAAUGUCAGUCAGUCUACUGGGUGUAUAUUGUUUAAACUACCAAGUCUGUUGAUGAUCAGUAAUAUCAGUCAGUCUACUGGGUGGAUAUUGUUUAAACUACCAAGUCUGUUGGUGAUCAGUAAUAUCAGUCAGUCUACUGGGUGUAUAAUGUUUAAACUACCAAGUCUUUUGGUGAUCAGUAAUGCCAGUCAGUCUACUGGGUGUUUAUUGUUUAAACUACCAAGUCUGUUGGUGAUCAGUAAUGUCAGUCAGUCUACUGGGUGUAUAUUGUUUAAACUACCAAGUCUGUUGAUGAUCAGUAAUGACAGUCAGUCUACUGCGUGUAUAUUGUUUAAACUACCAAGUCUGUUGGUGAUCAGUAAUGUCAGUCAGUCUACUGGGUGUUUAUUGUUUAAACUAUCAAGUCUGUUGAUGAUCAGUAAUAUCAGUCAGUCUAGUGGGUGUAUAAUGUUUAAACUACCAAGUCUUUUGGUGAUCAGUAAUGUCAGUCAGUCUACUGGGUGUUUAUUGUUUAAACUACCAAGUCUGUUGAUGAUCAGUAAUGUCAGUCAGUCUAGUGGGUGUUUAUUGUUAAAACUACCAAGUCUGUUGGUGAUCAGUAAUGUCUGUCAGUCUACAGGGUGUAUAUUGUUUAAACUACCAAGUCUGUUGAUGAUCAGUAAUGUCAGUCAGUCUAGUGGGUGUAUAUUGUUUAAACUACCAAGUCUGUUGGUGAUCAGUAAUGUCAGUCAGUCUACAGGGUGUAUAUUGUUUAAACUACCAAGUCUGUUGAUGAUCAGUAAUGUCAGUCAGUCUACUGGGUGUAUAUUGUUUAAACUACCAAGUCUGUUGGUGUUCAGUAAUGUCAGUCAGUCUAGUGGGUGUAUAUUGUUUAAACUACCAAGUCUGUUGAUGAUCAGUAAUGUCUGUCAGUCUAGUGGGUGUAUAUUGUUUAAACUACCAAGUCUGUUGGUGAUCAGUAAUGACAGUCAGUCUACUGGGUGUAUAUUGUUUAAACUACCAAGUAUCCAUCAGGGUACUAAUCAACCCUGCCCUGUCAGUUCCUGA